AUGCGUUCCUGGCGCAAAAUGCGUAAGCCGUUUCUGGCCAUUGUCGCCAUUAUAUUAAUCGUCCUCGCGCAAGUUAUUAUCAGUGCGCCAGUACGAAAGUCCAUACGCGUCCAACUGAAUGCCGACUAUGUACGUGCCAUGGGUGCUUACAAACGCUUAGAGCCGCGUUUGCCACGCGACGAACUACGUGUGAUCACCACCUUAGGAAUAUUGAAUGGCGCGCGACAAGCUGAACUGCUCAUGGAACGUAACUUAGUAGACAUAGUGAGAGGAUUGCUCUUUGAAGCUAAUGAACUAAAUGAUGAUGAACUCGUGGCCAAAGUACAAAAUAUUGAAAAGCAGUUGGCGCGCGAUCAUCGUGCAUUAUUAAUAUUAACAAGUGCCAUGGAUUUGGUGACCGGUGCAAAAGAUGUCUUCGACUUCAAAGCGGAUAUGCAGCAAACACUGCAACAAAUACGAAGACAAUCAGUGGGCGAUGUUGAUGUGGAAACCUCUCAAGAGAACACCGAACAACAUGAUAAAAGCGUUGAUGAAAAUAAUGUCGCAGAGCGUGUAGGAGCUCUACGGCGACAGAUCUUACAGCAAGUACGCACGAUGAAGGCGCUCAUAGAUGAGAAAGUUACCGAAACUUUGGAUUAUUUGAUUACGAAGGCAGACAAAGGUAGCCUAUUGGAGCAGGCGAGUAAGAAAGUGGUGCGAAAACGGAAUGCGGUAGAAACACAGGAGGUGCCGGCAGAAGUCCGUAUGAUCGAGUCCAUUUUGAACGAGGGCCGUUUUAUUCAAAUCCAGGAGGAUUUUCGCAAUAACCUGGUAGAUGCACGUCUUGACAAUCGAAACAACGAGCUCACAGAUGAUUCACUAGAAGAAGACUUUGCAUUUCCGUCAAACGCUAAGAGAUCUAAGAUAGUCAUUGAAAAUCGCAGCAAUCAGAAAACAGACAGUAAACCAACAUUAACAACAACAACAGCGACAACAACAACAACAAUACGAGCUGCAAGAGCUACUAAGAACCUCAGCACACGAAAAGCAAAAGCUGCAACAACAACUAUAUCACCUAAUCCCACAAUAUCACAAAGCAUCGCCAUAAUAGAUGUAGAUGGACCAAAGCUUGCCAAACAGGAAGAUUUGGAACAAUUUCCGCCAAUAGCACCAUUGCCGCCAAUUGAACCACUGCCGCCACCAGCUGGCAAUUUGGAUGCAGACGACGACUUCCCUGAUGCACCACCGCCGCCUGAUGUCGGUGGUGGCGGCUUGGUUGGAAUUAUAACGAGUUUGAGUGGAGGUGAAGGCGGGUCAGACAUCGGCGCAUUAAUUGGAGCAUUAACUGGCGUCAUUUCUACUUUAUUUGGGCCAGGCGGUUUAGAUAUUGAAUCCCUCAUCAGCACGGCAACUUCACUCAUUUCCGGUUUGCUGGCGGGCAACAAGAACUUCGGCACAGUGCUGGGCAUAUACAUAGGUACGGCAUUUGAUGGUCUCUCCGGCGGUGGUGGAGCGGUGAACAAUGGACAAUUUAUCGGCAAUCUGCUUGGCACUGUUUACGCUCAACUCAGCGCAGACCCCGAAGAUGAUGACGCCCGUCCGAACCCUUUUCUCUUUGCACGCAAUCUCAUUAGCAGUUUUAUAGAAGCGAAAAAUCGUAAAGAAUCCGAUGAAGAGGACGGCGAUGAGCGUCGCUCUGAUGCACGUCAUUCGCACGGCGAUAAAGGAAAAGGUGAUGCGGGCGGUGGCUCCGAUUCAGGUGGCUUUAUCAAGCAUAUCGCCUCUCAUAUAGUGGGCAGUCUUGUUAAUCUAAUUUUGAAUGCUUCGUUGGGCGCUUCUGGCGGUGCAUCGCAUGCUUCCGCUUCAUUAUUUGGUAGUUCCAGUCAUAAAGGCGGCGGUGGCGGUGGGCAAAAGCAUUAA